AAUAAAUCUACCAGUGAAAAUCCUCCCUGGAACACACUUGGUGCAAAGCCAAAGAGAAGACCACCUCCCUGCGACAAGGGAGAAUGGAUAUCUGGCAGGACCCAGCGCCCCGAUAUCUCUGAUCUGACCGGCUGGCCUGCGCUACCAUCUUCAGCCAGGCAUACUGCGUCAUCAACUCCACUGCCACGUAGGACACAGCAGCGGACAGCUGAGAAGAGGAGAACUACCAAUAAACCUCCCCAGCAAGCAAGUGUCCAACUAAAGAACAGGUUUGCCCCACUGUUGAUGGACAAUGGAUCCCCCUCUGAUUGCCUGAAUAACCCACCAUCACCACGCAGAAGGGACAAGAGACAAGAGGAGCCACCGAGGAAGGAAGACACAACACAGCCUAUCAGGAACGUCGAAGGAGGACCGCCACUGCAAAAGGAGAACGUCGACCAUGAGAUACACCAGAGCAAAGAGGAGAGGUGUCUAUCCUCCUCUACCGCCCCUCCCUCCAUUCUGAAUGCAUGUGAAGAUCCCUCCCCCACAUCCCCCAAGCCAUCCACGUCUCCAUCUUUCUCCCUCCCUCAAGUAGACCUUUCUCCCCCCUUCUCCCCCUUGGAGUUCCGGGAGCUACCCCCACUCACGCCCCACCCUACUCAGAUUUUUACCCCCCUAGAUCAUCGCUCACCUCCACCACCCCCUCCACGAAGGCGUGCUCCACAACCCCCCAGCCAUACUUCACCUUUCUCACGCCAACCCCUUACACGCCCUCAACGUCCACCUUCAGUAGUUCGUCCCAGCUCUGACGCUGCUCACUCCCCCUCCCCCUUACGGCAAACCCCGCCUCGCCCUGACAGCAGUCCUGAAUAUUUCUGA